AUGGGGAAGUUCGAGAAUACGUCACCAGCAGCAGCAGCAGCAGCAGCCUCAGCAGAACCGCGCCUGAGGUGCGUCGCCGUGCUCCUCCUCAGCGGCGCCGUCGUGAUCUCCGCCCUCUUCUCUCUCCCCUUGUUUCGCACUCGACGGACCGGUUUCUUCUCCGAUGAUGCCGACGCCCUCGCCGCUGAUAUCAAAGCGGGCUUCAUUCUUGAACAGCCGUUUCCACUACUUGUUUCUAACAUCGGAAGGCUAGAGUAUGAUAUUUUGGGGGAAAUUGGAGUACCCAAUACGAAGGUUUCCAUCAUUUCCAUGCGUCCUUCAGAUUCAACAAAUUGGACAUAUGUGGACUUUGCUGUUCUUCCCAACCCCAAAACUGCAUCGAUAAGCUUACCAGCCUUGAGUGUGUUGAGGUCAUCUUUGGUGGAGCUUGUCCUUCAACAGUUAAAUCUAUCUCUGACACCAUCUAUAUUUGGGCAACCAUCCUCUUUUGAAGUUAUGAAGUUUCCUGGAGGCAUUACGGUGAUCCCUGCACAGUCAGCCUCUAUCUGGGAGAUAAUGCAGAUAUUGUUUAACUUCUCACUGAACAACUCCAUUGUUGAGAUUCAGAAAGACCUUGAGGAGUUGAAAUACCAGCUAAAAGUGGGGUUGAAUCUGAGAGCUUAUGAGAAUGUAUAUGUGCAGAUAACAAAUGUGAAUGGUUCGACAGUGGCACCUCCAGUUAUUGUACAAGCUUCAGUUUUGUCAGAUUUUGGUAGCCGUAGUCUUCUUCCUGAUCGUCUGAAACAAUUGGCACAGGUGAUCCAAGGGCCUCAUGCAGAAAAUCUCGGCCUUAAUCACUCUGUUUUCGGUAAAGUGAAAGAGGUUGUGUUAUCAUCAUAUCUGGAGCAUUCAAUAGAAUCCCCUACUCCAUCUCCAUCCCCCUCCCUGUCUCCAUCCCCCUCUCCAUCUCCAUCUCCUUCCAAAGGAAAUCCUUAUUCUGCACCUUCUUCGUACCCAACUAUUCCAUAUUCUCCGGUUCCAUCAGUUGGUCAUACUCAACCACCAUGUUUGUACUGCACAUUUGCUCCAAGGAAUCCACCUCCAUAUGCACCUGAACCUGAAAGUGGUCCAGAACCACCUCAAUCAUCUUCCCCUCGCUCAUCAACAGGUGAUCUUGCUCCGCCUCCUAGACGUGGCCCAUGUCUUUCUUCCUCAUUGCCACCUAGUUCUUUGAGUUUUCAUCCUCAAACAUCUCCUUCUAACUAUGCUCCAAUGCCAGCCCUUUCUCCCCAGCAUGAACCUCCAAUACCUACUAGUCCAAUGGCACUAGAAGCCUAUGGCCCCAGUUCACCCAAAAACAGGAGAAGCGCCAAAUAUCCAACAACACCAAUAUUGGCAUCAUCAAAUAUCUCUCCAUCAUCAAUAUCAGCUGGUGCGGGGUCCUUUUUUGUUGAAAAACGGUUGAUUGGAUUGUUAAUGAGCUUUUUGAUUCUCCCCCUGCUGCUAUCCUCUUAAUCCAUGUUUUAAUUCUCUGUCACUUCCAUUGCCAUUUUGUUGCGCUUACUGACGGCAGUUGUUGCAGGAGGUUACAUAUGGCUUGGCAAUUGAAAGGCAACUCCCAACAUAUUAAGCUUAUUGAUUAGGGUGCUGGAGCUUAUUACAUAGAGUACACCUGAGGCAUCUCUACAAGUGUAUAUAUAUAGAUAGAGAUGUUGGCAUACCUUCUUUCUCUUAUACAAAGUUCUCCCCCAAAGGGUUGGAGAACUCUUUUGAGUUGUAAGAUAACACUGUAUGUUCAUGCUGUAGAGUGCAAAUUUUAUUAGAACAUCCCACAUAGGACCAUAGCGUUCUGAGCCAUUCGUUGACCCCAUAUAUGGUUCAGAACAUCUCUCGCAUGAAAGAUGUUCUGAUAAGAUUUGUAUUCAUGCUUUAAUAUAGAUUUAACUGUUUCUGUUCUCAUUUUUAUUAUAGAGCGUGUCUUUACUGAAAA